ACCAGCUGUCCAGCCCACUGUGACCAGGGUAGACCCCACAUCAGACAGGCUCCACCACGCAGCCCCCUGCCCAGCUCCGUAAGACCCCCACCACCACCGCUAUGCCCCCAUGUGCCCCUGUCCGUGACGUUCCCUGUUUCUAUGUCCCCUGACCAGGAUAUCACCUAACUUGCCCGUCUGUCUGUGUUGGGUGAUUGGUCCUGUGGGUUCCGUGUCCCCUUUCUUUGUACCCCAACCCCUCUCUUUUCUCCACCAGGACCCUGGACCCUCCGUCUGCAUCCCUGUCUCUGUGUGUUGGGGCCUGUUUUUUGUUGUGUUCAUUAUGUUUUACGCUGAUUCCAAAAGGCUUACAUUAGUGGGGCUGAGUGAAGGCAGGAUGUGUAGGCGAUAAUGGUGGAGGGGCUUUCUUUCCGUGUCUCAAAGAGGAGAAAAUAAUAACUCUCUCCAUCCAUCCUUCCCUCUCCACUAUCCCUCCAUCAGGAGCAGCAGAAACAGGUGGAGGACCCGGGCAGAGAGGUGAAGAAGGUGAGGAAGGCAAGGAAUCGCAGACAGGAGUGGAAUAUGAUGGCAUAUGACAAGGAGUUCCGCCCGGAUACACGACUCACCCCCUCACCCUACCACGGAAUGUCCUCCGAGGGAUCACUAUCACCUGAUAACAUGUAGGUUCAUUUAAUUAAUCAGUCAAUCAGUCAAUCAAUCAGUCAAUCAGUCAAUCAGUCAACCAGUCAAUCAAUCAAUCAGUCAGUCAGUCAGUCAAUUAAUCAGUCAACAAAUCAAUCAAUCAGUCAAUCAAUCAAUUCGUCAAUAAAUCUGAAUACUUCCAAUGGUUCAUUUGGUCAGAAUAUGGUGCUUGUUUGUUGUAUGGAGCUUGUAACACCAGAGUUCUCUGCUGAGUGGACAGACACUGGCUAGCCUUCUACUGACCUCUGCUGAUUGGACAGGCACUGGCUAGCCUUCUACUGACCUCUGCUGAUUGGACAGGCACUGGCUAGCCUUCUACUGACCUCUGCUGAUUGGACAGGCACUGGCUAGCCAUCUACAGACCUCUGCUGAUUGGACAGACACUGGCUAGCCUUCUACUGACCUCUGCUGAGUGGACAGACACUGGCUAGCCAUCUACUGACCUCUGCUGAUUGGACAGACACUGGCUAGCCUUCUACUGACCUCUGCUGAGUGGACAGGCACUGGCUCGCUAUCUGCUGCCCUCUGCUGAGUGGACAGACACUGGCUAGCCAUCUACUGACCUCUGCUGAGUGGACAGGCACUGGCUCGCUAUCUGCUGCCCUCUGCUGAGUGGACAGGCACUGGCUCGCUAUCUGCUGCCCUCUGCUGAGUGGACAGGCACUGGCUCGCUAUCUGCUGCCCUCUGCUGAGUGGACAGGCACUGGCUCGCUAUCUGCUGCCCUCUGCUGAGUGGACAGGCGCUGGCUAGCCUUCUACAGCCCUCUGCUGGGGAGUGGCAAACACUACACGUCUAUGUAGAAUUGAUUUCUGAUUAUAUCAAUGAGUGCGAGUCCUUGUUAAGGAUAUGAGAAGUUAGAUAUAAGUAUCUUCCACCACGGAAACUAGACAACUUUAUCUUCCCAUCCAUCCCUCUCUCCCCCAAUUUAUUCUACCCCCCCCCCCCCCCCCACCCCACCCCUCCCAGGUCGAUGGCAUCAGACAUGGGCGAGCAUUCCUACCCCGCCAGCCCUAACCACCCCUCCCAGCCCAUCUCUGCCCCCCACCCCAUCGACGGUGCCCCCCACCUCACCCAAGCCCCCCAGACUCAGUCUCUGGACAGGGGGGGGUACCCUAGACCCAACCCUCCCUCUGGGGCGGCAGUACGACACAUCGCCUCACUGGGGCGCACCCAGCCCCCCCACGCACCCCCCCCACCCUCCGAGGGAGGGGCACUCAACGGACCACGUCAGCAGUCUGUCAAGGACUACAGGGCUCAUGGGUAAGUGAACUAUCACGUACUGUAGGCUACUAGGUAUUGUGUCAUUACAUUAGGAACUAUUCCAUAUCUAUCCUGUGGUAUCAGUUAAAUGAGUUAGUAGACUGUUAGGUUUAUUUUGUCAAUCUGACUUUAACACUCCAUUGUAGGCCUGCAAAGCUGUAUACAUACUGUGGAUAGUAAAACCUCUCAUAUGAAUCACGCCAACACAAAUGUUUUGUAAACAAAACGUAUAUCUGACGCUAACCACGUUUCCAUCUACAGUUUUUAUGUGAGUAAGAAUCACGACAGGUGUGAUGGAAACAGGUUCGGUUAGCGUCAGAUAUACGUUUCGGUUAGAUUUGAUAAAUGCUGACAGAUCAUUUGUUCAUUCGACACAGUGGGAUCUUUUUGUGUCUGUAAAAUUAAUUAUGCAGGAAAUGGCGGUGGAAACGCCUUAUAUUGAAAUAAUAUGAGAUGUUGUGUGGUCGUCCCACUGUCAUGAUGAGAGAGAGGUGUUGUCUGAUUCACUGAUCUGUUCUUUCUCUCUCUUCCCUCAGCGGCCAGCCAUCGACCAUCCCAGAGUACUUCAUCCCCCCCGCCCCUCCCCCUCCUCCCCCCGUCAUUCCCUCCGCCCAGACCGCCUUCAACUCCACCUCCUCCUCUCCCCUUCCUCCCCCCUCCCUCCCCCCAGGGGCCGUCAUGACCCGCUCUUACAGUCCCUCCCCUCCUCCCCCCGCCCCCCCUGCCCACUAUGUCCCCUCCCCCUCUCAUGCCCCUCCCGCUGCCCCCCCACCUCCCCCACCAGGCCUUCCCCCCUCCCACAUCCUGUCUCCGGCUCACGCUAUUGGUGGGUCUCAAGGAGAAGCUCCGCCCACCAGGAAGGGCCAAAUGCCGAUGAUUCCGAUAAGCGAUGCUCGCAGCGACCUGUUAGCCGCCAUACGUAGAGGUGAGAGAGAGAGAGAGAGAGAGAGAGAGAGAUUUUGUUUCCAUUUGUGUUUAUUUUCAUGUUUAAGUUUGUUUUCGGUUUGUGGAUGUGUGUGUGUGAUGUGUGUGUGUGUGAUGCUUAGGUGUGAUUCCGAUGAGUAACGCUCGCAGUGAACUCCUGACAGCCAUACGCGGAGGUGAGAGAGGGUGUGUGUGUGUGUGUGUGUGGAUACAUGUGUCAUACAUGAGUCUUAAUACAUUUGGAAACCAAAUGUGUCAUUUUUGCCAACGUGCUUCAGUUUGGGGCUGCUUGUUAAUUGUUUUGAAAAAGUUAUUUCUGUUUGGACAAAUGUGCUCAAGCAAUCGAGAAUAUCUGUAAUGUGGAUGCUACCAUGGUUACGAAUAAUCCUGAAUGUAUUGUGAAUAGUGAUGAGAGAGAAAGUUACAGAGGAUGAAAUAUCAUACCAGCUCCCCUGUUAUUGGUAAUGGUGAGAGGUUAGCAUGUCUUAGGGGUAGGAUCUUUGUGCCUCUAUAACUUCCUCUCUCAUGCGCGUGUGUGUUUAGUGUAUGAUGGAGAGACGGAGAGAGGGGUUAGAUAGAUACAUACCAGAGGAGGCUGGUGGGAUGUGUUUGAUACUGUUCCAUUUAUUCCAUUCCAGCCAUUAUAAUGAGCUGUCCUCCUAUAGCUCCUCCCACCAGCCUCUGGUAUGCAUCUAUUUAACCACUCUUUCUCUCCCUCUCUCCCUCCAUCCUUCCUUCCUUCCCUCCCUCCCUCCCUCUCUCUCCCCCCUCCCUCCAUCCUUCCUUCCCUCCCUCCCUCCCUCCUCCAUCCCUCCCUCCCUCCCUCCCUCCAUCCUUCCUUCCCUCCCCCUCCCUCCCUCCCUCUCUCCCUCUCUCCCUCUCUCCCUCCCUCCCUCCCUCCCUCCCUCCCCUCCCUCCCUCCCUCCCUCUCUCCCUCUCUCCCUCCCUCUCUCCCUCCCUCUCUCCCUCCAUCCUUCCCCCCUCCCUCUCUCCCUCCAUCCUUCCCUCCCUCUCUCCCUCCCUCCUCUCCCUCCAUCCUUCCCUCCCUCCCUCCCUCCCUCCCUCUCUCCUUCCCUCCUCUCUCCCUCUCUCCCUCCCUCCCUUCUCUCCCUCCCUCCCUCUCUCCCUCCAUCCUUCCCUCCCAUCCUUUCCCUCCCGCUCUCCCCUCCAUCCUUCCCUCCAUCCUUCCCUCCCGCUCUCCCUCCUCCUUCCCUCCAUCCCCUCCCUCCAUCCUUCCCUCCCUCUCUCCUUCCCCUCCCAUCCCCACCAUCCUUCCUCCCUCCCUCUACCCUUCCCUCCCUCCCUCCAUCCUUCCCUCCCUCCCUCUCCAUCCUUUCCUCCCUCUCUCCAUUCCACCAUCCUUCCCUCCCUCCCUCUCUCAUCCUUCCCUCCCUCCCUCCCUCUCUCUUCCUUCCCUCCCUCCCUCUCUCCCUCCCUCUCUCCCUCCCUCUCUCCCUCCCUCCUUCCCUCUCUCCUUCCCUCGCUCCCUCCCUCCUUCCCUCCCUCUCUCCCUCCAUCCUUCCCUCCAUCCUUCCCUCCCGCUCUCCCUCCAUCCUUCCCUCCAUCCUUCCCUCCCUCCCUCUCUCCAUCCAUCCUUCCUUCCUUCCUCCCUCCCUCCACCCUUCCCUCCCUCCCUCUCCAUCCUUUCCUCCCUCUCUCCAUUCCACCAUCCUUCCCUCCCUCUCUCUCUCUCUCUCCAUCCCUCCCUCCAUCCUCCAGGUAUCCAGUUGAGGAGGGUACAAGAGCAGAGAGAGCAGGAAGCGAAGAGAGAGCCCGUAGGAAACGAUGUGGCAACCAUCCUAUCACGUCGUAUCGCCGUCGAGUACAGCGAAUCAGAGUCUGACUCCGGCGGGGAGGACAACGGGGAA